GGUCAUACUUACUCACCAUGAGGAUGAAGUCAAGUAUAUGGUGUGACAACCCAUUUUUAUGUGCCCAUAGGUAUUAGUUUCGUUUGCUCUUUAACAAGUCAUAAGUGACUUUUGCUCCUCUUUUCUCUCAAGACAAAUGUGUUGGGUCGACAACACAGCAAUAUGUCUGGACCUAACACGAUGAGCGCAUGGCGCUACUCCACUGCGUAUGGUGGUCUUGAAAAAAACUUACGCGCAGUAUCAGAUGCUCCCAUUCCAUCGCACGACAAACUUAGGUCGAAUCAGAUAAUUGUUCGCGUUCGCGCGGCAUCGAUCAACCCAAUAGACUACAAAAUGGUUGAGAUUCCAGUUGUGGGAUCUCACAUGGCUAAAAUGCCAGCAACACCGGGAAAGGACUUUUCUGGUGAUGUGGUACAUGUGAGCGCGAGCAAUUCCACAGGACUCUCAGAAGGACAACGUGUGUUUGGUCGCCUUCAUGGACAGCCCAGUCUGGGAGCGCUAGCUCAGUACAUACUGGUCAAUGUUGGUGUAGACGCCUGUGUUGCACUUCCUGAUGGGGUGAGCUAUGAAUCCGGCGCUGCGGUAGGAACAGCGGGAAUGGCUGCAUUGCAAAGCAUUCGGCCUUUCUUACCGGAGAAAGAAGGCACUGUGCUCAUCAAUGGAGGUUCUUCCGGUGUGGGCACAUGGGGAAUUCAAUUCGCAAAAGCCCUUGGUGCAAAGGAUAUUGUUACAACAUGCUCAGCUUCCAGUGUCGACUUUUGCACCACGUUAGGCGCCACCGAAUGUAUUGACUACCGAAGCACCGAUAUCGUGGACGUUUUGAAGAAGAAGGGACAGGUCUUUGACGUUGUAGCAGACUUCAUCGGAACACCAACAAACCUGUACAAAGAAUGUCAUCAUUUUCUCAAACCAACGGGAUAUUUCAACCAGAUUGGUGCCUCGCCGUCAUUUUCAGGGGUGACUCGUUUGUGGUUUUCACAAUAUCAGCCAAGCUGUCUUGGUGGUGGAAAGCGAAAUUUUGCAUUUCUCAGAAGCCAAAACGAGAAAGAGGAUUUCGAGCUUGUGGGCAAAUGGCUGCAAGAGGGCAAAGUCAAGGCAAUAAUUGACAGCACCUUUGAGUGGACGGAUGCAAUAAAUGCGUACAAGAAGUUAAAAACUGGAAGAGCAAAGGGGAAAAUCAUUGUUAAAGGGAUUGCAACCUAAGCUUGGGACAAUGCGAGCAUUGGUAACGCAUUCUAAAAACAAAAACACUGGGAAAACAUCUUAUAAUAAGAUUCUUGUAACAAUCUGAAGAUCACACAUAGAGUAGG